AUGCAACUGAAGUUCCUGCUCCUCAUAACAUUUAUUUUUUUUGCAGCCCAAGCAAUGGCGUUACAGAAAGAAAAAGGAAACGAGAAUCCAUACGUGUUCCUGUCAAUCGCAGUAGAUGAGAAAGGCAAAGACAGCAAAACUGUCAGAAAGUCCCUAGGCGAAAUAAUCAUAAAACUUGCAGUCGAUGUUGUUCCAAGAACAGCAGAAAACUUCAGACAGCUGUGCGUAGGAUGCCACGCUGGAACGUACAAAGGCUCUUCAUUCCACAGAGUUAUUAACAAGUUCAUGAUCCAGGGAGGAGACUUCGAUAAACACAACGGAACAGGAGGACUGAGCAUCUACGGAAAAAAAUUCAACGAUGAAAACUUCAUUCUUAAGCACAACAAGCCAUACCUCCUCUCUAUGGCAAAUGCAGGGCCUAACACCAAUGGAUCGCAGUUCUUCAUCACCACUGUUCCCACGCCCUGGCUAGAUGGAGCACACGUAGUGUUCGGUGAAGUGGUUAAGGGACAGGAUAUUGUCAAAACAAUUGAGAAUGUGCCAACAUCCAGAGGAGACGACAGGCCUCUGCAGAAGGUUGUGAUUGAUGACUGCGGUGCAUACAAAGGAAGCAUUGCUGACCUAAAGAAAGAUCUAUAA